UGUUUGAACCACAGGCUUUAUAUGACCUUAAAAAAGCUCUCAGCCACAAGUUGGAUGCUUUGGCAGCGUUACAAACGUAGCACCACCGGCAGGGAGUGCUUCACUUCCCGGCUCAUUUCUGGCCGGGAGAGGGAGGAAUGCUGGGCAUCGGGAGGCAAGGAGAAGGCUGCCCGGCGCCUCGCACACUGCCUGGCCCCUGGGCCUCCUCCUGGAUCCCAGAUGUCAGAAACUGAGCUGGAAAACAUAAAAGUAAGAGCAGCUGAGCAUUUUGAAAAGGACAAAAAUAACAUUUCUUGGUUGAAGGAAGAUAUGCAACUCACAAAUGAAAAACACGCAGAAGAGAAACCCAUUAAUGCUAUCGUUAUAAAUUCAGGAUCCGAAUUCAACAUCACAGAUGGGCCAGCCAAGGAAACUUCCACUGAGAAAAAACUGUCAGAAUCCACCACAUCACUGUCCUCCCUUGAAGAAUGUCAAGCGAAAUUUUCUUACCUCCAAACCGAUGCUUCAGCUCAUCAGAGAGACACUGAUGAGGAGUGUGCCUCCCUCAUCCUCACCUGCCUCUUUUGCCAGUUUUUGGAUUGUCUCCUGAUGCUCCCAGACACGUGUGAGACGGUGUGCACCAACGCGUGCUGCCCCUCCUACCGGUACCACCACACCUCGGACGAAAGCCACUCCUGGAAUGACUGCAACUGCAACUGUGACAUGGACUGCAGCCUGUUUGAAUCUUGUCACGAGACCGGCGAGUGUCUGGAGCUGGCCAUGGAGAUUUCAGAGAUCUGUUACCGCUAGGCCGGGGGGCCUGCCGCAGAGCCGCUGCAGGACGCCCGAUCCCAGCUGGAGGAAGGGCUGUGUGCAUUUCUUGAACGCUGCUGGCCGUUUACUCUGCACCUGCCUGGGAAAGCAGUAGUGUCACUCAAAGGUCUUCUUCCAAAAUUCACAACCGCAUGGCUCGCUGAAAAAUAAGAUGUUGAUCACAUGUGAUGAACAAGUCCUAAGCUCCUCUUCCACGCCGCGGGCAACAGAUGUCUCCCAGCAACCACAGCAUGUUGAAGUCCUCUGUGCUAGUGCACGCGCUGGCUUGCCGCAUGAACUUGACUUCAUUCACAGAUUCAGGACAAAUUAGUUCGUUCUUUACCAUUGACAUAUAUCAGCUCAUCUUUCUAAUGGACUCAUGCAUAAACAUUAUACAUUGUUGGUUAUUAUUAAUAAUGUAUUGCAUAACAUCAUUUUUAAUUAAAAAUUUAUUUAUACGGUCUCUUAAAAUUCACUUAUAUGUACAGUUUAGGUAGGAAAGGGAAUUAAAUAAAUUAGAAACCAUGCUCAUGUAAUUACAACAGAUUCGUUAAGACACCUCCAGCGAAUUUCCAAUAUGAUGUACUUUGAGGGAGCCCUCUAAUUCUAGGCCAUGUUACUCCAUGUCUGACUAUGGCAGAGCCAGUAUGCAUGUUCUUAAUUUGUUGUGAAAAGGCUCUUCUCUAUCUAAUGAGCAAAAAUGGGAAUUAUGUGCAAGUUUCAAGAUAAUCAAUUCCUCGUUUUCCCCGUUUCUGUUUGUCAGGUACCGUAGGCAACAGGAUAUCAAAACAGAGUCAGUUCACUUUGCUGAACCGCCAUUUGUGCAGGCACCGAGGGACGACCGGGAGGUCUCGCUCAGCGUCUCCUAACUCAGCAUGUGCUUUCAAACCAUCGCUUUUUCUCCUGAUGAUGUUUAAAGUAAUAAAGAAUUACGUUGAGCGCCUCCUCAAACUCACAAAUCUCCAAAGAAGAUUGUAUGUGGCCCCUGCUGGUGUGGCUCAGCUGGUUGUGUGCCCGCUGCACUGAAAGGUUUCCAUUCAAUCCCUGGCCUGGCACGUGCUCAGGUUUCCGCUGGGUCCCGGUCCCUGUAAGGGGCGUGCAGGAGGCAGCUCUUAUGUGCUCUCACAUUGAUGUUUCUUCCUCUCCCACUCCCUGCCUCUUUCUCUAAUAUAUCAAUUAAAAAUCUUUUAUAAAUUAGAAGGUACUUUUCAACUCAACCAAAUUAUUUUGGGGGAAAAACACAUCUAGGCUGAAGUUACAUUGGACUCGUCCUAUUUCCUGUCGGCAUGUCAUUGCUCAUUCCUGUGUUCUUAUAUGUCCCAGGGAGAUACUGCAAUGUAUUUAUUGAAUAUAAAAAGCACAAUGUAUCAAUGACCAAACAAAGACGGCAACAGUAGGUGGAGAGUCAAGGGAACUUUUGCAAUCUAGGCAAACAGCAAAAACUUCAAAGGACCUGCUUUCGCUUGACUAGGUAAUUUCAAGCAAAAGCAACAUUUAUUUGGUUUCUGUAGUACAUUGACACAUUUUUCUACUCUGCAGUAAAUUCCUCCAAACACUGAAAACUCUUCAUCUUUAAAAAGUGUUUCUAGGCCGCCUCUGGGAAGGGGCCGCUGGCUCUCGUCUUGCUCCCACAGCACCCGUGGUUCCCGCUGCCCGGCCGGUGCCUCAGAGCUGCGUGGAGGCCGAGCCGGUGCUGCUUUCAGAAGCUGGGACGCCGCUCUGCUCUCGGCGCACAGGAGGCGCAGAUCGGUGUGGGGAGAGGAGUGGAUUCUGACACUAGGAAUGGAACAUUCUUAUCAUAGAUCCUCACUUUUCACAAGAGAAAAAGGAGGCCCCAAGAACUGACUUUCCCAGGACUAUGCAGUGUGAACGGCAGUGGCAGAGACCUAACUGGUGUCUAACCUUCUAACCCCCUGUGC